AUGUCUCCCGUGAUCGUUGGGUUCGUGCGCCUACGCGAUUGGUUGUAUGGCGGGGAGUUCAAUGGAGAAGGCCUCGAUGUGGUCCAGAAUUGGAACACAUCGGAGGAGUUCUUGCAGGGAGCUGAGCAGGUCUACCGGCAUGCUCUCGGUGUGGCCUUGGCACCUCCGAGCUCAGAAGAAUCCGAUAUAGUUCUUGUGCACCGUGCACGCGAAUGGCUCCAGGACCAGCGAAAACUGCGCUGCCGUGAUUUUGCUGAUGCCGAGUCCUUCGAGCUCACUGAUGUGUCGAUGCGUUUCCAAAGCCUUCAAGGGCCAAAGAGUUUGGAGACGCUGCAAGAAAUUGAGCACAUCACAAGGUGGCAAGAGAAUCGUGAAAAGCUCAGAGCCCAAAUGGAGGAGGACUUGAUGAAAGGCUCCAGGUUGAAAUUGAGCUUCCUCGCAGUGGCAGAAGCACGCUAUUUUCCUGCGUCCAAGAUGGAGCGCCGUGCUGAUCGACUUCUCAUCGAGUCCGCUUUUGACCUGCGCACAGGCAUCGCGUCGGAGUUCACCGUAUCGGAACUGGAAAAUUUGUACCGCGAAGUCGCAGAGCGGUUUGAAGAUCUGGAGGAAUGA